UUCCUAAAAAUAAAAAAUGUACCUACAUAUAUGUAUAUAUAUGUAUACAGAUAUUAUUAGCUUAAAAGUUUAAUUAUUUAACAAUUUCUAAUUUACAAAAAAAUAAGUGAUUUAAUAACACGAAUUUAAAUAGUGAUGCUACUUUGGAAAAAAACUAUAUUAAAAUCAUGAUGUAAUAAUAACCUUUUUUUUUUAACGUUGAAUUCCUUUUAUUCAACUUAGAUUAAAUGAAGAAUUUGCGUUUGUUAUGCAGAGGGUGACUAUUUAUUUAACAGAAUUGAAAGAAUGUACAACUUCUCGAUCGAAACUGAAGAACGAUCGUUUGUGCAAAAUUAUGAAAGUGUUUAUGCCAACUUCUGAAGGAAGAAAAUUUUUCCUUUUAAUAUUAUCGUUUUAUUUGCAUUCACACUUUAUGGAACACUUUUUAUCUCACCGUUGAUAUUUUCAUGAAAAUUACAGAAAUAUUAUGUAUAAAAUAUUGAUCGGCUCACAUUAUCAACCCUUUUCUCUCGCUAGUACUAUAGAUAAACUUUUCUACCACCAAUUAGUAUCUAUUAUUGCAAUAAUUUCACACAAUAACUAAACGAGAAGUACGAUAAAAAUUUGAUAGCAGAGGGUGAGAAUUUUCAAUAAAAUGUGAUGGGAAGUAAAACUGCAGUUUUUCUCAGACUCUCAACGCAAUCGUGCUUUAGCCUUCGCGAAAAGAUGCAAUCUAACAUCGAACACUACUAUAGAAUUCAACAAGUCUUAUUAACCAUACUUGGUCUAUGGCCGUAUAGCGACGUGUUGUAUAGACGUAUACAAAAAGUAUUUGUCACAAUACUGCUUUUAUUUUCCAUAUUUCUACAGGUAGCAAAGAUUGCAACAAGUGCAUCUGAUUUAGAGAGCUUACUUCAACUUUUAUCAUAUGCUAUACCUUGUCUAAUAGUUACUGUAAAAUAUGCUUCAUUCUCUAUAAAAUCUGAAGAUUUUAAAAAAAUAAUUGAGCAAAUACACCAUGAUUGGAAUUCAUUAAAGUGCAAAGAAGAAUUAAAAAUUUUACGUCAACGUUUAAAUAUCGCAAGACUGAUGACUAUGUCGUUAGGAGGAUUAUUUUAUAUAGGUGUAUGUUUGACUUUAAUCACGCAAAUAUUACCGAAAUUUCUUGAUAUAGUGAUGCCCCUGAAUGAAUCGCGUCCACUUAAACUUUUGGGUUUAGCUACAUUGUUUUUUGAUCAAGAUAAAUACUUCUUUCCAAUACUCAUACACAUGACAGUGGCACUUUUUGUAGAAGCGUCUACGAUAAUUGCUACGGAAGGAAUAACCGCGAUAUGUCUUCAACAUGCUUGUUCGCUAUUCAAAAUUACCAGUUUUCGCAUAAAACAUGCGUUUGACUGCAAAACGCAAAUAUCUGACUUGAAAAAACAUAAAAUAUAUUACACAAACAUAGUCAACGCAAUAAUCAUUCAUAAUAAAGCUGUUGAGUUUUUUGAUUAUUUUAAUUCCUGCAUCGAAGUAUCUUAUUUUCUCUUGCUCUUACUGGGCGUGGUUUCUCUAAGUCUCAACUUGCUUCGCAUAUUAGCAAACGAUAGUGCCGACAUAUUUUACGAUAUUUGCCAGUUACCUUGGUAUGCCGCCUCUAUUCCAUUACAAAAACUGUUACAAUUUAUAAUGCAAAGGAGCUUAAAACAUUGUAAAUUUUCAAUAUUUAUAUUCAUUGGAUCACUUGAAUUAUUUACUACAACGCAGGACCUUAUAGAACGAGUGCGUAUCAACUGGAAUGAAUUAAAUAACGCGCGUGAACUUGAGAUAAUAAAAAAAUAUUCAGCUUUCGGGAAACUCAUCACAUUGGUUUCAACAUGGGUCAUCAAUUUAAGUGUAUUUGGCGUCAUUAUAAUGACUGUUCUAGUAAAUUAUGUUCUGAAGGUUCCAACGUCUGCCAACGAAUCUCGUCAGCGAGAGUUUCCGGCCGAGAUCGAAUGUUUUGUAGAUCAUCAAAAAUAUUUUGCUCCGCUUUUGGUGUAUAUGUUCUUUGUCGUUUGGAGCAGCCUAACCGUGCUGGCCGCCAGCGAGACACUUUUUAUGUCAUAUACGCAACAUGCGUGUGGAUUAUUCGAAAUAGUCAAUUGCCGCAUAGAACAAUCAUUAAACAGAGGUACGCCACAAAAUUUAACAUCUGUUGCUGAAAAAAACUCAAUAAUAUGUCAAGGAAUAAUCAGUGCAAUCGAUAUACACAAAAAAGCAAUUGAGUUUGUCGAAAUGUUGAAAGACAAUUUUAAAUGGGUGUUUUUUACUGCACUACCAUUGACAGUAUUAUCGCUAAGCAUCAAUCUCUAUCGCCUUUCUCGACAAGUAACGAGUGAUGAACAUCACGAAACAAUAACGACUCUCCUUUUCGCUACGGGCCAAUUUGGGUAUCUGUUUUUUUGUAACUAUUUGGGACAGGAGGUGAUCGAUCAUAGCGGCGAUAUCUUUCAUAAAACAUACAACAUACAAUGGUACAUGGCUCCAUUGAAAGCGCAAAAAUUAUUGCUGCUUGUAAUGCAAAGAAGCAUGCAAUAUUGCACGAUCACAAUUGGUGGUUUGUUCAUUCCGUCUUUAGAAGGAUUCGCCUCGCUUUCAAGCAUGUCACUGUCAUAUUUUAUGGUAAUUUAUUCCAUCCAGUGAGUAUGCUCACAAUAUAAAAUUUAUUAUUAGUCGAACACACAGAUUAUCACAAUGCAAUAAUUCUAAUAUGUUGCAAAUGCUAAUGUAAUAAUACUAAAGCAAUUUUCAAGAUUUGUAUCUAUUAUCGAUUAUUGCAUAAACAAAAAUAAAGUUUUGCGAAAUUUAUAAGUAUAUACAUUUUAUGAAAUAAUGCGUUAUGUAGAAAAAUGUAAUAAAAAUUUAUGCAACAUUAGUUAAAAAAUUACAUUAACAAUCGAACUGCAUUUCUGAAAUAAGAAAAAUAUGUUAUCGUUUUAUUACAUCAUAGAUUUUUUAUCAGAAUUAAUCCUUCUUGAAAAUAAAAACGAUUCAUAAUAAUAUUAUUAACAUCAUUUCUGAAUAAAAAUAUAUUUAUGUCCCGCACGGUUUAAUCUUAAUAAAUUAAUAUAAUAGAGAGAUAAAAUUAUAUAAACUCAGAUUUUUUUUACAUAUACAGAGUGCAAUUACAUUAUAGUGCACUAGUACAUUAUAAUUAACUACUCACUAGGUUUUUCAUGUAAUCCGAAAGUCUGAAAUAAAUUCAUAAUUUAUUUCAUAAAAUUCA